AUAUUGAGCAAUAGCUACAGAGAAAGAGAGAAACAACUAAAGAGGUGAAGAGAAAAGUUGAAUAUAGAUAAGCGAGGGAAAUGGGGUUAUGGAGAGGGAUAGUUUUGUUACUGGCUUUUAUGAUCAUAUGGAGAGGAGAGGGGCAACUAGUUGAAAAUUUCUACAGCUCGAGCUGCCCAAACGUUGAGUCCAUAGUGCAACAGGUAGUUUCUACAAAGUUUAGCCAGACUUUCACCACAAUCCCAGCCACUCUGCGUCUAUUUUUCCAUGAUUGCUUUGUUCAGGGAUGUGACGGCUCAAUCAUGAUAUCAUCGCCAAAUAGUGAUGCAGAAAAGGAUGCCCAAGAUAAUCUUUCCCUAGCUGGAGAUGGGUUUGACACUGUCAUCAAGGCAAAGCAAGCCGUGGAACAAGCCUGCCCUGGCAAAGUCUCAUGUGCCGACAUUUUAGCUAUUGCUGCAAGAGAUGUUGUUGUCCUGGCUGGAGGCCCUUCAUUCAAUGUAGAACUUGGACGCCGCGAUGGCCUUAUUUCUCGGGCAUCUCUGGUAGCUGGUAAUUUGCCAGAACCAACCUUUAAUCUCAACCAGCUCAGCACCAUUUUUGCCAAAAACAAUCUUAGCCAAAAUGAUAUGAUUGCAUUGUCUGGAGCUCAUACUGUAGGCUUCUCACACUGCAGUCGCUUUUCAAACCGCUUGUACUCAUUUUCAUCAUCCUCUCCUGUCGACCCUUCUUUGAAUCCUACUUAUGCCCAGCAGUUGGAAGCAGGUUGUCCUCAAAAUGUAGACCCCAGCAUAGCUGUUGAUCUUGAUCCUGUAACCCCGCAAACUUUUGACAAUGUGUACUACCAAAACCUAGUUGCAGGAAAGGGCUUGUUAACUUCAGAUCAGGUGCUCUACACUGACCCAACAUCUCAACCUACUAUAGUAGAUUUUGCGAACAAUCCUGGUGAUUUCAAUGGAGCUUUUAUCGCGGCAAUGAGGAAGCUCGGUAGAGUUGGUGUUAAGACUGGUAACGAUGGACAGAUUAGGACAGACUGCACAGCAUUCAAUUCAUGAAGAUAGGAUAUAUCCUAGCAACAAUUACAGGUUCUAGUGAGGAAAGUAUGAUCAUUGUGAAAUAAUACCCUCCGAAGAACAGAAGUUAAUCUGUAAUCACGAAAAUUGAUUACUAUAUAUAAUAUAGGUAGCAAUUGCUGCACUUGUAUUAUUAUUCAUUUAAUUAGAAUAUGUCGGCUGGGUUGUAAGAUAUAUUCAAUAAUAAUGUGUUCCAUUAUUUAA